AUGAAGCCGCUGGAGAAAUUUUUGAAGAAACAGACGUCGCAGCUGGCGGGGCGAACGGUGGCGGGAGGUUCCGGCGGGGGUCCGGGGAGCUGCGGUGGACCUGGAGGGGGUGGGGGACCUGGCGGGGGCGGCGGUCCAGCCGGAGGACCGCGGCCGCUGCAGCGUCGUCAGAGCGUGUCUAGGCUGCUGCUCCCUGCUUUCCUUCGGGAGCCCCCCGCCGAGCCGGGGCUGGAGCCGCCCCCUGAGGAGGAAGGGGUCGAGCCCACGGGGCUCGCGGAGGAGCCGGGCAACAUGGGGCCCUGCUGGCUGCAACUGGAGGAGGUGUCUGGGCCCGGGCCGCUCGGGGGAGGGGGACCCCUACGCUCCCCUUCCUCCUACUCCUCAGACGAGCUAUCCCCCGGAGAGCCCCUGACUUCACCGCCCUGGGCUCCCCUGGGCGCCCCCGAGCGACCAGAGCAUCUUCUGAACCGGGUUCUGGAGCGGUUGGCCGGAGGGGCCACCAGGGACAGCUCCGCCUCAGAUGUCCUGCUGGAUGACAUAGUCCUCACCCAUUCUCUCUUCCUCCCCACGGAGAAAUUUCUGCAGGAGCUACACCAGGUCAGCUUUGUUCGGGCAGGGGGCAUGGAGGGUCCUGAUGGGCUGGGCCGGAAGCAGGCCUGUUUAGCCAUGCUCCUCCAUUUCUUGGACACCUACCAGGGGCUGCUGCAGGAGGAAGAGGGGGCUGGCCGCAUCAUCAAGGAUCUGUACCUGCUGAUUAUGAAGGAUGAGUCCCUUUACCAGGACCUCCGAGAGGACACACUGCGGUUACACCAACUUGUGGAGACAGUGGAGUUAAAGAUCCCAGAGGAGAGCCAGCCACCCAGCAAGCAGGUGAAACCACUCUUCCGCCACUUCCGCCGAAUAGACUCCUGUCUGCAGACCCGAGUGGCCUUUCGGGGCUCUGAUGAGAUCUUCUGCCGGGUCUACAUGCCUGACCACUCUUACGUGACCAUACGCAGCCGCCUCUCAGCAUCUGUGCAGGACAUUCUGGGCUCCGUGACGGAGAAACUGCAAUACUCUGAGGAGCCCGCUGGGCGAGAGGAUUCUCUCAUCCUGGUAGCUGUGGCCUCCUCGGGAGAGAAGGUCCUCCUGCAGCCGACUGAGGACUGUGUGUUCACCACGCUGGGCAUCAACAGCCACCUGUUUGCCUGUACCCGGGACAGCUACGAGGCCCUGGUGCCCCUCCCCGAGGAGAUCCAGGUCUCCCCUGGCGACACAGAGAUCCACCGAGUGGAGCCUGAGGAUGUUGCCAACCACCUUACUGCCUUCCACUGGGAAUUGUUCCGAUGUGUGCACGAGCUGGAGUUCGUGGAUUACGUGUUCCACGGGGAGCGCGGGCGCCGGGAGACGGCCAACCUGGAGCUGCUGCUGCAGCGCUGCAGCGAGGUCACGCACUGGGUGGCCACCGAGGUGCUGCUCUGCGAAUCCCCCGGCAAGCGCGCCCAGCUGCUGAAGAAGUUCAUUAAGAUCGCCGCGGCGGUCAGCCGCCUGCGGCUCACCUGGGAGAAGCUGCCAGGGAAAUUCAAGAACUUGUUCCGUAAAUUUGAGAACCUGACGGACCCCUGCAGGAACCACAAAAGCUACCGAGAAGUGAUCUCCAAAAUGAAGCCCCCUGUGAUUCCGUUCGUGCCUCUGAUCCUCAAAGAUCUGACAUUCCUGCAUGAGGGCAGUAAGACCCUUGUCGAUGGUUUGGUGAACAUUGAGAAGCUGCAUUCAGUGGCCGAAAAAGUGAGGACAAUCCGCAAAUACCGGAGCCGGCCCCUUUGCCUAGAUAUGGAGGCAUCCCCUCAUCACCUGCAGACCAAGGCCUACGUGCGCCAGUUCCAGGUCAUCGACAACCAGAACCUCCUCUUCGAACUCUCCUACAAGCUGGAGGCCAAUAGUCAGUGA